CCAUGAGACGGAACCUGACACUGCAGGCACACGGAGCGCGGAGAUCAGGUUAGAAACAUGCACCGCAACAGAACAUCUCCAAAUCGCAUUCCGCAUACUGAAAUCUAAUCCGAGGACAUCAGGAUGUGUGACAUAAUCCUCAAGACAUCUGAAAACUUCGCUCCUCCGAACAAGGCUCCAGAGGUGGUUUGGAGAGAUAUGCGGACCUCUGUUACUCACUGUUUGCGCUCGCAUGGGUCUAUAAAAGAGGGGGCGGACACCAGCCCCCAAACGUCAGAGUGCACUGAAGUAUAAAUCUUUCCAAACAGCCCCUCUGCGCCUGGCGCGGUGCUGUGCGCAGACAUCUGCCCUGCUUUAGUCCAAUAUGAGGACGACGCGUGUGGAGACUUCUGCGUAAACACAAGCCUGGCUUGGAGAAAAUGGAAAACAUUUAUCCGAAUAUGUGUUGUUUACUAUGGCGAGAUUAGUGAGAAAUACUGGAGAUUCUGGACUAAGUGCUACUGAACUGUUUUACCAAGAGGCAGACGAGCGGUAACAGCACACCUCCUGUGCUUUUCUCAUUUGUUGGAGACGCUGAUGUCUUCAUUGGACUCCUCUCGGCCGGAGAUGGUGGAGCUCUCUCGGAUUUCCAGUGUGGAAACGUAGCAUCCAAUUAAUCAGUGGCUGCAACUGUACUCCGUGAGGCGCAGAGGCACUUUGGUCCGCCGUCUUCAGAGACGCGUGGUUUGUUUAGCGCACCGGGUCGGAAUACAGAGAACAUAUCUGGCACAACACAACAGCCUUUCCCCUCUCUAUUUGGACUAAUAUUGGUUUAAGGCAAUUCUCUUUUUGGCGAUUCUGACAUGAUUUACGCAUUCAAGUCAACUGGGGACACUCCAGGAGUUGCGCUUUCUGUUUGGAUUUUACUAUAAACUACCAAGAUAAUUUUAGGUCUGCAUGGGCCAUAUUUAAGCUUUCAUCAUAGGAACUGAGUCUAAGAUGAAGUUAUGGGAUGUUCUGGCCAUGUGUUUCUUGCUCCUGACCUCUGUCACUACACGGCCUCUGUACCAAAACACUCAGCCAGCCAAGAGGAUUCGCUUCCCCACCAGCUACCGUGAUUCUGGGUCCCUGUCCGUGGAAGACGAAGAGCCACUGUUCCAGCGUGAAGAGCACAACCUGCAGGAAAUAUCCAUGGAGGAUCAGUAUGACACGACAGCUCCCUAUCCAGACCAGUUUGAGGACGUGAUGGAUUUUAUUGAGGCUACCAUCGGCAGACUCCGGAGGUCAUCGGACACUGGCGGGAGCUCUGGAGGACAGAGGGAGCAGAGACAGAGAAGACCAGCAAACACGAGAGGGGUGAGAGACGAGAAGAGAGGGCACGGAGGGAAAAGGAGGGGUCGAGGUCGUGCAGGAGGCCGAGGAGGCAAAGGAGGCGGAGGGGAGAGAGAGAGGAUAUCUGUACAGAGUCGUGGUUGCUUACUGAAGGAGGUCCAUCUCAAUGUGACAGAUUUGGGGCUGGGGUACCAGACCAAGGAGGAGCUGAUCUUCCGGUACUGUAGCGGGCCCUGCAUUGAGGCAGAGACCAACUAUGACAAGAUCCUGAACAACCUCACACACAACAAAAAGCUGGACAAAGACACACCUUCUCGCACCUGCUGUCGACCGAUUGCGUUUGAUGACGAUUUGUCUUUUUUGGACGACAAUGUGGUGUAUCACACGCUGAAAAAACAUUCAGCUCGAAGGUGUGGCUGUGUCUGAGCACGAAGGCAUAAAUAAAUGCUGCGGCGGACUGAUGGAGCAUCUAAGCAGAUGCUGCAAACAGGGAUGGAUUGCAGUUGGACAUAUGCACUGGAGGUCAGAGUGUGUUGUCUCUUUGUCAGCUGAUGUCAAGAUGAGACAAAGUGGAGUACAAUGAGAGCACCUAGGAGACAAUGGAACAGUUGCUAAAAAACAAACUGCACAAGUUCACAUACAGUCCUCUAGGUUGUGCAUAAAGAUACCAGUUUAUGGCUGAUUAAAAACUGUUACACGUACAGAGAGCUGUCAAAAAAAGAAGAUGAAGAAAAACUGAUUUUGCAGAAAGAUUUAAUUUCCCAGGCAUUCUGUUUUUCCAUAGCUGGCUGACGCCAAAUUAAUCCACAGAUUUGAAGGAACUCUCUCAGUUGUAGCCUAAAUCACUUCCACUGCGUAGUCUGGAUGUUGAUAUUCAGAGCCAAGGAAAACACGCCAAGGUGCAGCAAAGACUGGCGCAACUUACAUAAAACCUACAUAAAAAUCUA